AUUUGUUAAGGGAUAGCAAAUGCAAAUGUAUCCAAAGUGAAUUCAGGAAAAAACACCAUCUGGACGCUAAGCAUGGUUCUUCUGCAUGACAUGCAUGCAUGCACUCUCUAACCAUUAGGCCUACACCUGCAUUAAUCUUUAGGCUUAAUCUUAGGCUAACCAUUCAACAGUAUCAAGAAAACGACAUAGGGGUAGGCUUUGAAUAAUUUCGGUUACCCUGCUUUUAUUUUUUUAUCCACAAUUCCGUAGUAUUCGGCUACAAUUCCCAAUUUCUGAAAUUGUGCGUAUUGUUGAGACUUGCAUGCGCACGUGUUUAUUAUCUUGUUAUUUACUGAGUGAAAAUGAGAUAGCAUCCUUGUGUGGUAUAGUGAUAAGUCACUCCGAAAAAAUGUUUGUGGACCUUGGAGACCCGAUCUCUUUUACACAGUACACACUAUUAACCACUGGGAUGCGCUCUCCAGUCUAUUGCGCAGGACAUGCCCAAUGCUCCUGUAGCCUAAUCCCAACUCACCAGCAUCAGCCCACGUCAUCAGGAGUCACGUCGGAGAAUCGGAAACGCAACGCGUUGUGACGAAGUGACGAUGCGCAGCAAUUUGACUUUUUACGAAAUAUAGGGAUCAGGUAAUUCCCUCACAAUAAUGAAACUAGUUUAUGUUAAAGUAAUAGCGACAGUAUCAUAAGUAAAAAUCGUUCAUAAUCUGCGUCACUGCUGUCUCUAGUUCCGUGAGUUCAAAUGAGGCUACCGGUCUUUUCCCCAAUCGUUGAACUACAGUAGCCUUUGCUAUCUAACCCCAUUUCUGUCGAGCGCAAUGACACAGUCGGUGCAGUCGGAGCCUUGGAUUUACGGGGUCACAAGGUUUUUAUUCGCGUCUCUCACUCAUGUUGUAUCCACGGUGUUCACUGUGUUUGUGGCGUUGCUGUCCAGCCCGGGAUCGAGUCUGUUCUCCUGGCAUCCCUUUCUCAUGACACUGGCGUUUUCCUUCUUCAUGACUGAAGCCGUGCUGCUCUUCUCUCCACACUCUUCUCCUGUCCGGAAACUUUCCCAUAAGACCAAAGGCCGUCUCCAUUGGGUACUGCAAUGCCUGUGUGUCACCUGUGCCUGCCUGGGCCUAGGUGCCAUCUCCUACAAUAAACACUUGAAUGGCAAACCCCACUUCACGUCGUGGCAUGGACUCCUGGGCCUUGUAACCAUAGUGAUUGUGGGACUCCAGUCCCUUGCCGCCCUACCUUUGAUCUACAUCAAAUUGGCCAAGGGCUGGUCGUUGGCGAAGCUGAAGCGCUACCAUGCGGUGACAGGCCUCCUGACGUACCUGCUCGGAAGUGGCAGUCUGCUCUUAGGUCUCUGGUCAGCAUGGUUUACAGGCACGGUGAAUGGACAUGCCUGGUACCUGGCAGUGCUCUGUCCCUCUUUGAGUGCACUGGUGAUCAUGAGCCAGGUCACUAAUGCUUAUCUGGCCAGGAAACAGAUGAAGUCCUGACUGAAAGGAUGACCUGUUGGUCAGCUGCAGUAUUACUUUUGAAAAGGGAAUUAUAUCGUUUGGUCUUCAGAAGAGCAAGGGCUUUUUUCAACUAAGGUAUUCAGUCAUUUUUGCUCAUUUUGACGAGAGAUUUCUUCUGUGUAAUUUUUUCCUUUUUACAUUCCACAACUUUACAUUCCACAGAUGAGGCAAUCCUGUAUUGAACAUGCAUAAAAUCAUAAAAAAAAAAAUAUAUUUUCAAUAUGCAUUUUAAAGGAUAAUUCCGGUGUGAUUUU